ACGCUGGCAGCCUUCCUGCUGCUCUGGGGUCUCUCCCUGAGCCCGGCGGCCGAAGGGGCUGUAUUUGUUGAUACCCGGCCGGACCUGUGGGCAGAGGCUGGCUCGCUGCAGGAACCCUGGGCCAAACUGACCCUGGUCUGCCGGGCCCUCCUGGUCACCUCGGAAUUUCAGCUGUUCAAGGAUGGGGAGCUCCAGGAGCGGGUGCGCCUCAGUGAGGGGGGCUUGGAGCAUCGCUUCCCCCUGGGGGCGGUGACGGGGGACACGCGGGGCCUGUACCGCUGCCGCUAUGCCAUGAGGGAUAAUAGAUGGACCUCGCUGAGCAACCUGCUGGAGGUGACGGGGGCAGGUGAGUUGGGGAUGGGGACCCCCCUCCCUCCUCACUCUCCUUGUCGGCCCCUCCCCCUGAGCGCCUGGGGGGCUGUGGGCCAGACCCUGACAUUUCUGAACCUGUUUCCCGAUCUGCUCCGGCCCCUGUGGAGCGGGAAGGUGAGUCCGGGCCGGGACGCUGUCCUGCGCUGCGAGACCCCAGUGGCCCACCAAUCCCUGGAGCUGCUGGCAGCGGGCGAAGUGGUGGCCUCGGCAUAUGGCCCCUCCGAGGACCUUGUGCUGACCUACGUGGGGCCCCAACACGCCGGCAAGUACAGCUGCCGCUACCGCUCCUGGUGGCCCCUAGUGUCUGAGCUGAGCGACCCCGUGGAGCUCCAGGUGGCAGAACGUUGAUCCAGCUGCAGACCUGGAUGCUGAGGGUCUCCUGGUUCCCCCCGGCUCUGCUCCUCCUGCUGCAGCUCGAGGCUGGACCACGCCCGGAGCAGGGAGUGUGUGUGUGGGGCGUCAGGAGGGCUCCCCCUCACUCCUCCCAGGAAUUAAUAAAUGUGAAAAGACUUUAAAA